GGCUAUGGAAGCAAAUCCAAAAAGAAAAGCAGACUGAAAUCGGAGUCAAUGUCCUCUAUGGCGCAUAACCAGUUGACACAUAUCCUUAAUUGAGAUGGAUGUGUAGUCGAGUCGACAAAAAGCUCAUGGUUGAUAAAUCGAAAAAAGUCUCGUAUUCAAACCCUCUGGCAGAUAAGGCUCGUUCCCUACCAACAUUAAAAAUUAAGAACAAAGAAGAAGAAAGAAGGGUGUCCCAUCAGGUUGAAAACAUUUUAAAGCCCUUAGAUCUAACAGAUGAUCACUACAGAAAGGUUAUGUUGUUGAUGCAUAAUGAUAUUGAAAAAGGACUUUCGCCAGCUACACAUGAAAAAGCAAAUAUAAAAUGUUUUCCAACAUAUGUUAGAGCUGUUCCUGAUGGAACUGAAUCCGGAGACUUCCUAGCUCUAGACUUGGGUGGAACUAAUUUUAGGGUUCUUUUGAUCAAUUUAAAUGGUCAAGAAGUAAAAAUGGAAAGCAAAAUUUUCAUUAUUCCGCAGCAUAUAAUGCUAGGUUCUGGAGUUCAAUUAUUUGACCACAUUGCAGACUGUAUCUUCAAAUUUAUGUCAGACCACAAGUUACAAGAUCGCAAUCUACCAUUGGGAUUUACAUUUUCUUUCCCUUGCCGACAAGAGGGUUUAGACAAAGCCAUUCUUACUACAUGGACCAAGGGUUUUAAGUGUGAAGGAGUUGAAGGAAAUGAUAUUGUUAAGCUGCUGCAUGAUGCUAUUGAAAGAAGAGGAGAUAUGCAAAAUGUAAAAUGUUUGGCUGUUAUUAAUGAUACUGUUGGAGCUCUUAUGUCAUGUGCACAUAGUGAUAGACAGUGUGCUGUUGGUCUUAUUUUGGGAACUGGAACUAAUGCCUGCUAUAUUGAAUCACUUGAAGAAGUAAAAACAUGGGAUGGAGAUUUUAGAGAACCUAAACAAGUGUUAAUAAAUACAGAAUGGGGAGCUUUUGGAAAUGACGGCUGCUUGGAGUUUAUUCUGACAGAUUUCGAUAGGUCAAUUGAUAAACAUUCCAUUAAUCCAGGAAAGCAAAUUUAUGAAAAGAUGAUUUCUGGAAUGUACAUGGGUGAAAUAGCUCGUCUUGCAAUUGAAAGAUUAAGGAAACAUAACCUGUUGUUUGAUGGUGAGGGCUCUUACCAUUUGGCAACUCGAGGAAGAUUUUAUACUAAAUAUGUUUCUGAAAUAGAAGGUGAUGAUGUUGACAGUUUUAAAGUAACCAAACAAAUUUUUGAUGAACUUGAGUUAUCAACAUACAAUGAACAGGACUGCCGGCUAGUGAGACAUGUUUGCAGUUUAGUUUCCAAAAGAGCAGCAUAUCUUGCAUCGGCAGGUAUUGCUUGUCUUCUCAACAAAAUGGACAGAAAAUUAGUAACAGUGGGUGUUGAUGGUUCUCUCUAUCGUUUUCAUCCUUUUUUUCAUGAUCUAAUGAUGGAGAAAACAAAAGAUUUGACAAGAUCUGACAUCUCUUUCAAACUAAUGUUAUCACAUGAUGGAAGUGGUAAAGGUGCUGCUUUGGUUGCUGCAGUUGCAAAUAGGCUUUUGGAAGAAAGCCGUUUGGAAGAAAAUGAAAGUAAAAAUAGUGUUCUUGAAAAAGAUGAAUGAUGUAAUAAUGAUUUAGGGAGAUGUUUUUUGUGUGUCUGUAAAUUUAGAUAUAGAACUUAUUUGUGAUAAAUUGUGAUAAUAUAACUAGCCUACUUUGUUUGUACUAUAAUUGAGUAUGUAACACAAACUCAGUGCUACAAAUAAAGACGUUCUCAAAAAAACAUUUUUAGUAUAUACAAAUGCAUCAUCUAGAUACUUUCAAAUAAAUAGCUGAAUGUAGUAUAAAUGAUAAUUUGAUGUUGAUUAGUUUUAAAUCUCAUUAUUUAACAUAUAAGAUGUGGGGCAAAUCUAAUCAAUCAGUUUCUGUUACUUCUAAUGCUGUAUAUAUUGUGGUUUUAGUAUAUAUGCAUUUAUAUUUUGUUUAUUGUCGUUAUCAGUGGUUAGUGCAAGUUAGAAUUUUGUUUAAAAUAUUUCUGCUUUCAUUGCAUUUUCUUUUAAAUUUUUCACAAAAUAAUUAUUCACUUAAGACUUAAGUAUAAUAUUUUUUUUUACUGAAACAAAAUCUUUUUAAACAGUUAUUAAAACAUGCUCCACAAAAUGAUACAAAGAAUUAACAUCCAAGUAUUUAUGUUUUAAAUAUUCCAAUAUUUGCUAUAUGUAAAUGGAUUAUUUUAAUAUUGUAUAUUCCUUUACAUACUCAUUACUUACAUUUUUUAGGUCAACACUGAAUUUAAAAGCGUGCGGCGUCA